AUGAGGACUCCUGGAAGCCCACGAGGACUCCUGGAACCCCACGAGGACUCCUGGAACCCCACGAGGACUCCUAGAACCCCACGAGGUCUCCUGGAACCCCACGAGGUCUCCUGGAACCCCACGAGGACUCCUGGAACACAACGAGGGCUCCUAGAACCCCACGAGGUCUCCUGGAACCCCACGAGGACUCCUAGAACCCCACGAGGUCUCUUAGAACCCCACGAGGGCUCCUGGAACCCCACGGGGUCUCCUAGAACCCCACGAGGUCUCCUGGAACCCCACGAGGGCUCCUGGAACCGCACGAGGGCUCCUGGAACUCCACGAGGGCUCCUGGAACUCCACGAGGACUCCUGGAACCCCACGAGGACUCCUGGAACCCCACGAGAACUCCUGGAACCCCAAGAGGGCUCCUGGAACCCCACGAGGGCUCCUGGAACCCCACGAGGGCUCCUAGAACCCCACGAGGGCUCCUGGAACUCCACGAGGUCUCCUAGAACCCCACGAGGUCUCCUGGAACCCCACGAGGGCUCCUAG